UUUCAUUUUCUCUCAGAAUCCAAACUCAUUCGUUCGUUCGUCAUCUUGCACAGUUCAAACAAGCUUUUCGUCUUUCCUUCUUCUCUCUGGGUUAAGUCUUGUAUUAUACAAUGAGCAGAACAACGACUCGGGGUAAAAAUAAAAGACUGAGACAAGGGGAUGAUGAUACCGGAACUUCAGAAAUAUUGAGGAAAAUAUACAAAACAGGCGUAGCAACUGAUGAUGAUAUGAACAAACUGUAUAUGAUUACAAAGCCAGUCUGUUCAGGUUGUCGUGUUAAUACUAAAGACAAUCCGAAUUGCUUCUGUGCAUUGGUUCCGCCUCCAAGUGGAACGCGGAAGUCUGGCAUAUGGCAGAAGAUAUCUGAUUUUGUUGAUAGUCUUGGCUUUGACCCAAACACGGAACUUCGUGAAUCUGCUAAUUCACCCGCAGGACUCACAAAUCUUGGAGCAACGUGUUAUGCUAAUAGCAUACUCCAAUGCUUGUAUAUGAAUAAACGUUUUCGAGAAGGAUUAUUUUCUGUAGAACCAGAUAUUUUUCAGCAACAACCAGUGUUAGAUCAACUAGCUCGGCUUUUUGCUCAGUUGCAUUUAAGUAAAAAGGCUUUCAUAGAUUCUUCUCCAUUUGUAAAAACGCUGGAGUUGGACAAUGAAGUUCAGCAGGAUAGCCAUGAGUUCCUGACAUUGCUUCUAUCAUUGCUUGAGCGUUGCCUUAGCCGUUCCGAAAUUUCCAAGGCAAGAACGAUAGUUCAAGAUCUUUUCCGGGGAAGUGUGUCUCACGUGACAACGUGCUCACAAUGUGGAAGAGACUCUGAAGCUUCUUCCAAAAUGGAAGACUUCUAUGAGUUGGAGUUGAAUGUCAAGGGAUUGAAAAGUUUAGACGAGAGCUUAGAUGAUUACCUCACUGUUGAAGAGCUUAAUGGAGACAAUCAAUAUUUUUGUGAGUCAUGUAAAACAAGGGUUGAUGCUACUCGCAGCAUCAAGCUGCGAACAUUACCUGAUGUGCUUAAUUUUCAGCUUAAGCGCUAUGUCUUCCUUCCAAAGACAACAACAAAGAAGAAAGUUACUUCUCCAUUUUCAUUUCCCGCUGAACUUAGUAUGCACCACAGAUUGUCUGAGCCAUCUCAGUCUGAAUUGAUAUAUGACUUGUCAGCUGUUCUGAUACACAAGGGAACUGCAGCUAAUAGUGGUCAUUACAUUGCACACAUCAAGGAUGUGAACACAGGGCAAUGGUGGGAAUUUGAUGAUGAGCUUGUUACUAACUUGGGCCGUUGUCCAUUUGCCGAAGAAGCUUCAUGCUCUGCUUCUAAAUCUGUUAAGAAUGAUGUGAAUCAUUCUAAUUUCUCUGAAGCAAGGGUAGCUGACAGUAAUGGAAGUGCUUCAAAUGUAAAAGUUUCACAAUCUUUACCCAUGGAGACAUUUUCAUCUAGUGAUGCAUAUAUGUUGAUGUACCAUCUUAAGCAUACCAAAAUUUUUAGUGAGAACGGGGGAAUGGAAACUAGUGCUAAUCAUACUGAAACAGUCGAUGUUCCAAUUACUGCACAAGAUAAUGAUUGUCUUCCUUCUCAUUUUUGUGAAGAGAUUCAAAAUUUCAAUGCCUCAUAUCUUGAUACUUGCCAGCAGUACAACCAUAGGAAAGAGGUAGAAUUGAGUCGUAUCAGUGAGAGGAGAGAAGAAGUUCGAUCUGUUUUAGCUGAAGCUCCUGUUCAACCACUGGAGCAACCGUAUUUUUGGAUUUAUAGCGACUGGCUUCGCCAAUGGGCGGAGAAUGUUACUCCAAGUGCUAUUGACAACACAUCUAUCCAAUGUUCACACGGUAAAGUCCCAGUGUCAAAGGUUACUUCGACAAAACGACUGUCUUCUAAAGCAUGGGAUAAGUUACUGUCUAAGUAUGGUGGAGGGCCAACACUUUCUCAUGAGGACUGCUGUUUGGACUGUCUGAUUGAUGGGGCUCGGAAUGUCGUGUCAGCAGACACUUAUCGGCAUCAAAGAGAAUCAUUUAAGCAACUUGCACGGGAUAUUCUUGAUGGAAAAAACGAAGAUGGAAAGUACUACGUGUCUAGAUCAUGGUUGCAGCAGUGGUGGAAAAGAAAAGUUGUCGAUGCUCCAUCUGAAGCUGAUUCUGGACCAACAGCGGCUAUUAGUUGUCCACAUGGACAACUUAUGCCUGAGCAAGCAACUGGUGCUAAGCGGGUGCUUGUUCCUGAGGGUUUUUGGCUCUUCUUAUAUGAAGAUGCAACUUCUGUGAAAAGUGAUGAUCUUCUGGUCUGCCCUACGUUUCCUUUAGACUCCAAAGAGUGCUCUGAAUGCAAUAGUGAAUUAUCUGAAGUGUUUUGCAUGGAGGACUCUAUGAGGUUAUUAAAACAAAGGCAGCGUCAGAGUCAUGAGAAGCUGUUCAAUGGGAAAAGUAUGCCUCUCUCUCUAGAUUGCACAUAUUUCUUAGUUCCUUCCUCUUGGAUUUCAAAAUGGAGAACUUAUAUCAACCCAGCUGUCAAGAAUUCUGACACACCUGAAACAUUAAAUGUGGUGAUUGGUGCACUGCUCUGCGAAAAGCACUCACGACUCAUUGAAAGGCCUCCUGAACUGAUUCUCAGACGUGGUGCUAUAAUUCCAAGGGAGUCUUCUGCAGGUGGCUUAACCAUCAUAUCUGAGAAUGAUUGGAAAUGUUUCUGCGAAGAAUGGGGUGCUACUGAAACCCAAGGAGUAUCUGCAAAGAUUGAGAAAAUUAAUGAUUCGGUGAAUGCUACAGCUGGAUCUUGUGAAGAGAUGGCAAUAUGUGAGGACCAGUUGGCCAACUGGGAUAAGGGGAAUAAUGAAAGUGGGAAUGGUCAAUUUUUGAUCAAGACUUGUCCCGAGGUUUGUGAAAGUUGCAUUGGAGAAAAAGAAAGCUGCGAGUUAGUGCAUAAACUUAAUUAUUCCAAUGAGGAUAUAUGUGUAAUUCUUGUACGCGGAAAAGAGGUCCCUAGAUCAAUCUUGGAGGCUUCAAAGGGAUUUGUUGAAGCAGAUCGACGGGUUUCUAAACGCUCCAGGAAGAUUAAAAAUGGGAGUUCAAUUAAUCUAAAAGUGUCUGCUUCAACAACAAUUUACCAGCUGAAAAUGAUGAUAUGGGAAUCAUUUGGGGUUGUCAAAGAAAACCAGAUACUACAAAAAGGUGAUAUAACAAUCGAUCACAUUGACGAAAAUACUACACUUGUGGACGUUAACAUAUUUGCUGGAGAUCAGAUUAUUGUGAGGGACUCUGAGAUCCAUGAAAAUCGAGAUAUUGCUGAUGAGCUGUGUAACGAGAAAAAGGAUACACAGCAUACCGAGGGAGGGUUUCGUGGAACACUUUUGACUUCAAAUGUUUCAUCUCAGGUUGUGUAGGAACCACUCUUUCAUUGGUAUCAUCUUAUUGUGACAUUUAUUGUAUGUAUAUAUAUACACUUCAGGGAAAAAACCAAUUGAAUGAGAAAAGAAAUGGUUUGGUGGAAUGCAACCAUGUAAAUCCUCGUGCCUGGGGCGGCAUACCUAGUGUUGGAUGUUUUGGUCUUAUUGCCAUAGUAAUGGCAAAUUUUUGAAAUGUAGUUCAGUAGUUCUUUAUAUUUAGAUUUUAUAUAUGACCAAAAUUUCAAGUGGGGGAGAGGCUCUCCUUUUCAAAAACAAA